AUGUCCAAACCCAUCGCCCUAAUCUUCGGAUCCGGGCCCAACGUCGGCUACGCCACAGUCCGCACUUUCCUAAGCAACGGAUACCGCGUGGUGCAGACCUCGCGUUCCGUCAAAAAACUCCAAGAUGGCGCAUUCACCGACGACGACGAUCACAAAGCGCUCGAAUGCGAUGUAAACGACACCGCAUCGAUAAGCAGGACCUUCGAGACUGUCCGCGCCGCGUGGGGACAGCCCAGCGUUAUCGUGUACAAUGCUGCCCGCCUGGUAAAAGCCGACCCAACCGACCCCUUCAGCUCUCUGAGCACAUCCGACUUCGAAGCGACGCUCCGCGCGAACGUCGUGGGACUAUUCCAGGCGAUCAAGGAGGCUGUCGUCGGGUUCAAAGCGCUUCCGGAGGCGGAGAGGAAGGCUUUCUUCUUCACGGGGAAUAAUCUCAAUGAGCUGAAGCCUUUGCCGGGGUUCUCGACGCUGGGGGCGGGGAAAUCGGCGGCGGCGUAUUUGGUUGCUGAUGCUGAUAAUGCCUACCAGAAUAAGGGUUAUAGAUUCUACUAUGUCGACGAAAGGUUCGCGGACGGGCGAGCCGUGGUCAAUGAAAUCGACGGGCAAGCGCAUGCGGACUACUUCUACGGACUCGUCAAAGGGACUUUGACCUCGCCAUGGUGGUCGACGUUCGUGAAAGGAGAGGGAUACGUGAAAUUCCCAUGGAACAGGUAG